AUGGUUGGCCACGUUGCCAUGUCUGUUGUUGUUCUCGAGGUUGAUUGUACUGCUGAUGAGAUUGCCAUGUCUGUUGCUGGUCCCGAGGUUGAUUGUACUGCUGAUGAGACUGCCAUGUCUGUUGCUGGUCCCGGGGUUGAUUAUACUGCUGAUGAGAUUGCUGCGGAGCAGGUGCAAAUUAUCUGUGGAAAAGUCCGGAUAGCUUAUAAAGUCGAAGAGAUUUCCGAGACAAAUGCAAAACCCACGAGGAAUGACGAACAAAAUAAGAGAGAUUUGUUAAAGAAGAUGUUCUUUUAA